AUGGCAGCAAACCCUUCAGGACUAGGUUUUCAAAACAAAAACAGAAUUGCAAUCUUGGCAGAACUGGGCAAUGAGGAAAGAAAAUUACUAGUAACCAAUCUUCAACCAAAUCAUCCUGGAGCUAGUGAUGCACUCUGGAGACUCUUUCUUAAGAAGGACUUUCAGAGGCACCAGGGUCAUGCUGAGCAGCAGAAUAUUACAGCCCAACAAAAGGUAGCUUUGCAGCAUGCAUGUGCACAUUCAUCUGGCCGCUUCAUAACUCAAGACUCUGCAUUUGGGAAUCAUAUUCUUCCUAUUUUACUUCACCUUGACCUAGAAUGA